ACUGGGUUGGUGUUGUGUCACGUGACAUGCGGCUUCUCCAAACAUGGCCCCCGACUCGCAUUCAGCAGGAACGCUGACAAGUUGGACGUCGUUUGGUCGCUGACGCACGUCUUCAUACCGCAUCAGACGGCGCUGACAGUCAUCGCCCUUCGGGCCUGGCCUCACUUUAGGCGGUCAAAUGUCCCAACGGACCUACAAUGCCGAAGUUUGAGACGACUCGCUGUCGGUAGCUUGACGCUAGCUGGGACGUUCGACAAAGCCGUGAAGAACUCCAAAGAUCUUCCAGGACAUGUGUGAGAAGCUAUUAAAUGUCCCGCUGUGGUUAAAGAGACCUGUCUACACGUGAAUGCAGCCAGACAGCAGCUCUGAGGACGUCACAAUGGAUUGGCUGGUUGGCGCCGUGGAAAAGGACCUGGGGAUCGACCGGCGGCAGCUCAGCGUCGGGCCGCGUCGUCAGGAGCUUGUCGCCCUGGUGCCCGUGCGCUGGCUGGUGGCCCUCCGGGAGAGGAAGCUCUUGCGUUUCGUCCGCUUGGAAAGUAUCAGCGAAGCGGAGCUGCGCACAUACCUUCAGUGUUCCCAGGCUAAGCUGCCUCCCGGCUGGACGAGAGUGUGCGUGCAAGGUUUAAGGAAAAGCAAGCUGAGCUACAGACUGGUCCGAGACCCGUGUCUUCAACUGAAUGACUCGUCGACAAAGGAGUCGUACGUUAGCACCAUGCAGCACGUGUCGCUGCAUAAUGUCAGGAAUCUAUGGCGUGAAGCCCACUCCAGACUUGUGCAGCCGUACGCCGGAGCUAGCGAACAAAUGCACGUGGUGGCCGCGGACGCGGUCCGACACGCUCUUCAAAAACUCUUCAACUCGACAUUCAUCUCAUGUGAAAAAGUCUCACCAUCUCUCUCCCCGGCCAAAGAAAAGGAAAACAUCUUGCCGUCGAAAUCGGACCAUUCGUGUCCCAAUGUUCUAUCGGCGGAAUGUUUGCUAGAGACGGCGGAUAUGCUCUACGUGGUUCUACCGUACACGCAGUAUUCACUCCACGACAUCGUGUCCUUCAGCCCGGCCAAGCUCGCCAACAGUCACGCCAAAGUGUUGUUUAUUAUCUACCAGCUGCUAACAGCGAUGCAGGCGUGCCACGCCGCGGGUCUGUCCUGCGGGGACCUCUCCCCGCUGGACGUAGCUGUGGACGAGCAGCUCUGCAGCCGACUUAAGAUCAACCUUGCCCAUUAUGAGGAACUGGACUCUCCGAGCGCCGAUGAUCCCCAAAGCGCUCCGCCGAGCGACGACGUAUGUUCCGGCCGGCCGAACGAACUGCUUUGCAAGGACUGCUUUGAUGAGCUGAAAACUUUAGUUCUCGACUGGGUCCACGGGCGGGUCAGUAACUUUGGCUACUUGAUGGAGCUCAACAGGUUGGCGGGGCGACGAGCGGGAGACCCAAAUUACCACCCGGUGCUGCCGUGGGUGGUGGAUUUCACAGUGCCGUUUGGAAAAUUCCGGGACCUCCGAAGAUCGAAGUUCAGACUCAACAAGGGGGAUAAGCAACUGGACUUCACCUACGAGAUGACCAAAGAGGCUUUGGCGGCCGCCGUGGGCAGCGGUGUCGGGGGAGACGGUGGCGGUGCGGCCGGGCAACCGGACCACCUCCACGUACCUCAUCACGUAUCGGACGUUCUCUCAGACAUCACGUACUACGUCUACAAAGCCCGGCAGACGCCCAAAUGGGUUUUGUGCAACCACGUGAGAUCCCAGUGGGAACCCAAUGAAUACCCUUCCAAUAUGGAGCGCAUGCAAAGCUGGACCCCCGACGAGUGCAUCCCCGAGUUCUACACGGACCCAUCUAUCUUCCGAUCAAUACACCCCGACAUGCCGGACCUGGACGUGCCUUCCUGGUGCAAGUCUUACGAGGAGUUUAUCGAGGUCCAUCGGCGCCUCCUGGAGAGCAGGGAGGUGUCUCAGAACCUGCACCACUGGAUCGACCUUAAUUUUGGCUACAAGCUGUCGGGCAAAGACGCAGUCAAGGCCAAGAAUGUGUGCUUGCACCUAGUGGACAACCACACCCAUCUGACCACCUUUGGCGUGGUCCAGUUAUUUGACCAGCCCCACCCGCCUCGCUUAUCCACUUCCCAGUACGCCCCGGCAGAACCUCCACUCGUCGGCCUCGCCGCCCUCGACGUGCCUUCUCUAUACAUCCCGCAAAUCGACACGGCGGCCGAUUCUGUGGACGGACUGGUGCCAGAGUCCACGGGGUGUGAAUCCACCGGCUGGACCAUGGUAGACCGAGACGAAGACCUGGAGCAAGCUACCGAAGCUCUGGACUCGUUAAUGUCCACGGGAUCAUCGAACUCCGCCGCUUGCUCCGUCCCACCGCCCGGUAUCAAUGCGACGGGCGGGAAGAUGGGAGAUGCGGCGCAUCUCAUGUCCAACUCGCCGACUUCCUUCUCGGGUGAUUUCACAAGCCUGGUUGGACCUGGUUUGCGCAGCGCUGUUCUCCAAAGAGGUGGGCCGGUGAACAAAAAGCACGCGGAGGGCAACGUGACCACAGAGAACGUCAAGAUUCUUCUCCCUGAGGGCUUCAACCCGCUGCAGCCUUUAGAAGAGCUGGAGAAGUUGAACAACUUUCUGGUGAAGAGUCUUCACGCCCAAGUGUUGCACCCCGAAGGAGCCACCGAACGCGAGCUCGGAGCGAUCCAAACGCCGCCGUCCCUCACGAGGCUCUACGAAAGAGACAUGCAAGCCCUCGGCGUCCUCAUCGCCGAGAUAUUUUACUCCUCAAAAGUCCGAGGCUUGAAACCGGGCGCCCCGCUCAGACAGCGUUUCCAGGCCGUUUUGAAAAUGUGCUCUCUCGGCUUCCGGGACGUCCCGCUUUCUUUACAUCACGCUCUCGAGAAACUGCUACCGACGGAGAAGCACUCGGAAGAAAGGCACCGGUGUCGACGCCCUCUUCUUUUCGACUACCAACCCAUCUGUGACGGCCUUCCCCCUCCAACGCCCUCCCAGUUACUCAACGCAUUCAUCACUCCGUUCCCUUUCCCGUCCUACUUCUCGGCACUCCAUCGUUUUAUCUUCUCCUACCACGCCAAGAUGGAGACGGUGUGCAACCUUCACGGAAGGGACGUGGUCUUCCACUUGUGGCAGCAGUUAGAAACGCUCCUGCGAAGCAACAUCACGGCCGAGGGUCUCGAGAUCCUCUUGCCCUUCGUCUUGGCCCUCAUGCUCGAAGAGUCCACCGCCGUCUACGCCGCUUGGUACCUGUUCGAACCCAUCUCCAGAGUCCUGGGCCCCAGGAAUGCAAACAAGUACCUUCUAAAACCACUGGUUAAUGUUUUCGAGAACCCUCACUGCCUACGGGGACGCUUCUAUCUCUACACCGACUGUUUCGUCCUGCAGCUGAUCGUGAGGCUCGGCCUGCAGGCCUUCUUGUCUAAUCUCCUCCCACACGUGCUGCUGGUCCUGACCGGUUUCGAAAGCUGGACUUCCGGUUCGGCCGGGGAAGCUUGCAAAGGGAUGCGGAGUGCGACUUGUACUUUAGGAGAGGAGGAAGAGGAGGGCUUCCAGGCCGGCGACGCGCGGUCUUCAUCUGGAUCCGUCAGCGGGAACGUCGGCGGUGGCAGCGGGGCCAGCGGGGGGGUCGGCGACACCGGGCUGGUCGACUACUCCUCGGGCAUCAGUCUCAACGACCAGGUGUUUCUCUCAGAGGCCGAGGACUUCCAGAAUGAAUUUUAUGCUGACAGCGAAGCGAGAGAGAGCGGGAAACAGGCGGACCAGAACUCCGCUGCCAAGGACCACGACCACGAGUCCUUGAGCGUGGGCAAGCUGAGCGACAAAAGCAGCGCAAGCGAGCUCUCGUCGGGCGACGCCGACUCCAUGCGGGAUCGAGCCAGUCUUAAGUCAGCUGACAGCAGCCAGGACCUGAAACAGGCCAGCGAGGGAGAGGAGGGAGCAGAACUGGAAGAGGAGGAAACCACCAAUGAUCUUAAAGUGCCGGCGGUUGACCUUUCAACCCCCAAGCUGGAGCUCUCCUUCUCCGCUUUCACGGAAGUUUCAGGCACUACCGUGGCAAAUCUGGAGAGCGAGUUUGUAAGCACCAUGGUACUGGAAGAAACCGAUAAAGGGAUGAUGGGUGAGCAGGUGGAAGAGGCUGACCAGGAUCCAACAGAGGAAUCGCUGGCCAAGGAGCAAAAAAUCCUUCUAGACACAGUCUGCAAAACCGUGCGGUGGCUCUCUGCCAAACUUGGACCGACCGUGACGUCUCGAUGCGUGGCCAGGAACCUGCUGAGAUUGCUCACCAACUGCUACAUCGGCCCCGAAAGUCAUCAUUUUGUCAGUCCCGGACUUGAGGAGAGCACCCUGGAGAGCGUGGGAAUGGGCAGCGUUUACGAGAAAAGACCCGUCGUGGGCGACCGGGCCGCCGCGUCCGUGCUGGACUGCCUCAUUUACAUCGCUCAGCUUUACGGCGAACCCGUGCUCACCUAUCAAUACCUGCCGUACAUCGGAUACCUGGUAUCUCCGCCGUCUUCGCAGCGUCUCAACACGCGCAAGGAGGCCAGCCUGCUGGGAGCUGUGGCGCUGACUCAGAAGAUCGUGGUCUUCCUCUCCGACACCACGCUAAUGGACAUGCUGAUGAAAAUCAAUCGGGACGUGCUACUGCCGCUCCUUGACCUGCUCACCAACCCCCACAUGGGGUUCCCCAGCGGGGGGCAGACGCGCACCGUGGUGUGUCUCAAGACCCUCAGCCUGAUGGCUCUCAUCUGCUUGCGCAUCGGGAGGGAGAUGGUGCAGCAGCACAUGGCCGACACGCUGCGCCGCUUCUUUGCCGUUUUCUCCCUGCUGCAUUUUCUGCGGCCUCAGAUGGAGAGCGCACCCCGCAGGGUCGUCGGGGAGGUGACGGUGGUGGACGUGAGCACACCUGAAGAUUCCAGUGAGACUUACGAGUUGGCCGUACUGGAGGAACUGCAGUCGGUGUUUAGCGCCGAGAUGGCGCAUGCCUCGUAUAUCCCUUUUUACUGCCUCAUUGGCGACAUGGCGAUCCGCAAAGUGGUUCCCAACCACGAGCUGGUCUGGCAGUUGGCUUCCUCGUACCACCAAAGCGUAAGUCCUGCAGCACCAAGAGUGGACAUGCCGCCGUCUUCCUCUUCGGAUUUCGGUCGACUGUCAGGCUGCGGCCCCUCCCUCUCUAAUUCCAACCCGCUCGGAGACCCCGUCCCCGAGUCGGGAACGUUUGGCAGCCAUCUUGUCGGGAACCGAAUCCAAGUGUCAAGCCCUAACAUGAGUUUGGCCGGCUCUUGGGGACGCUCCAACCACACGGCCGCCAUUAACGCCACCGCGACCAUCACCUCAGCCAUCUCGAGCGCGUCCGUCGGGGUGGCCCCUUUUUCAUCCUCCUGGGUGACGGGCCCCCCUCCGGAGGACAGCGCUCUGAAGCAGGAGUUAGCUCGUAGCGGACGCUCCUUGCAGGGCAACUGGCUGGCCUACUGGCAGUACGAAAUCGGCCUUAACCAUCAAGACCCCCACUUCCACUUCCACCAGAUACGUCUGCAGAGCUUCCCGGGUCACUCGGGCGCCACCAAAUGUUUGGCGCCGCUGGCCGGGGAGGAUUACUUCCUCUCCGGGGGUAAAGAUAAAACCGUGAAGCUGUGGCCACUUUAUAACCGCGGCGACGGCACGCAGGAAGUGGAAGCCAGGCUCACGUAUACGGACCAUAGGAAGUCGGUGUUCUACGUCGGACAACUGGAGGCUUCGCAGGAGGUGGUCAGCUGCGACGGCACCGUCCACCUUUGGGACCAGUAUACGGGGAGACAGAUCCGCUCAUACGAAGCAGUGGAUGGGAAGAAUCCAAUCACGGCCGUCACCACCAUGCCCGCGCCGCACUGCAGCGUGGUGUUCGGAAGCGCAGAUUCCGUCCUCCGCUUCAUUGAUCCCCGCAAGCCGGGAUUGCAGCAUGAAUUUCGACUGGCUUACAACAAUAUAAGCGCCGGGCUCAUCCGAUACCUGGCCGUUAGUCCGGCGGGACGCACCGUGGCGGCGGGGUUCUCGUCCGGCUUCAUCGUCCUGCUCGAUGCCCGCACGGGCCUGGUACUGAGGGGAUGGCCUGCGCAUGAGGGAGACAUCCUCCAAAUGAAGGCGGCCGACGGCAACCUGGUCAUCAGCUCGUCCACCGACUACACCCUCGCCGUGUGGAAAGACCUAGAAAUCAAGCCCCUCCGGGUUUACAAGUCGCAGUCGGACCCCGUCCACGCCUUGGACUUCUACGGCUCCGAGAUCGUGACGGGCACCAUGGCCAACAAGGUGGGCGUGUACUCGGUGGCGGACAUCUCGCUCAGCCCUGUCAGCAGCACCAAGCUGAGCUCCGAGAACUUCCGCGGCACGCUCACCAGCCUGGCCGUGCUGCCCACCAAGAGGCUCUUGCUACUGGGCUCGGACAACGGCGCCAUCCGCUUGCUGGCUUGAACGAGCGCCGCUCCAUUGAAAAUCUUCCCGUACAUCUUCUAAAAGCAUUUUUUUUAGGAAUCCGACGAAUCUAUCUCGAUUAUUUUUGGACCUUGUCCGUGAUGCUGUUUGAAAACGGACUUGCUCAGGGACCACUUGUUAUGUUGUCUUAUUCCAAAUGGGUGGCCAACCUACGGCCCGGCCCGUGAGAGCAUUGGAUGCAAAUCCGAACGCAAAUAAAACCUCAGAGGAACUGUUAUUUAAGAAAGCCCAAAAACAUGUAACUCACAAAUUCUUAAUAUAUAUAAUGAUACACAUUUAUUCAUGUUUCGGUUGUACGUUUCGAACAACCCACCACGAAAAUCGACAUACCAAAAAAAAAAAAAGGUCACCUUUUUUACUUACCCUUUACCCGUAAUGCACUGACUAAACUAUGCAGUAUUUCUAGAUCAAAUCUUUAUUUAGUGUUUUUGUUUCGUCUAAAAACAAGUGAAGCCUGCCUCGCCUCAAUGCUCAGCUUGAAUGAUUUUAAUCCACUAAUAAAGUUUUGUUUGAUUGUUUUCCCGAACAGUAUUGACCGUAUCGAUGGUCCGCGCCAAGAUUUUCUACUUGAACAUUUUUAGGAAAUGGCAAAAAUUAUUCAUUCAAGGUCAAUUGUACAGAAAACACAUUCUUAAAACACUUCAAAUGGAUUUUUGCGUUACUUUGUAUGCUUCUGCUGUCUAUCGUAUUUUUCUAAUCUCAAAUCCCCUGACACGUCAGUGUAACUUUUUUUUUUUUGACUCUCACUAAAGUUCAAUAAUCACAAAUUGA